CAUGUUCCUUUCUUCAGUAGGGAAUGUUUUUGAGGUUAGAUGUAGCAUUUUACCCUAGUGUCUAUGAUUGAUCUCCGGAUUCGUUACACUCAGAAACGCAGGAUGUGCUCCUGCCCACACCUGAAAGACUUUAAAAAGGCUGAUGGCUUCAAAGUCUUUCGUAAAGUCCACGCGCAUUUCGUCUGCUGCGGUUCUCGCGAGGCAAGGAAACGAAAGGUACACAUGCUUGUAAAUUUCCGUAAUAGAAGUAAGCUGGUCCUAAAGUGCAUCUGUCGUCUUUAUUUUCAUAUUUUCAAUUUUCCUUCUUUCAGGCAAGCUUGUGUCACUGUCACGAAUGUGGAACAUAUUCAGGUCGUCUCCAUUCCUGUCUUUUGUGCGUCUAUUUUGGUUGCUAUACCGGAAACCGGCACAUUCACCAUCACGCAAAAUCCACCGGUCAUUCUUUAGGUAGGGAACGCGGAACGAAAAAAAUAAUACUUUGGUACUCUGUUCGAUCAUUUGCAGCAUUCUCAUUUAUUACAUUUGUUUUGCUGUUUCCAGCUUUGGAUCUGACUCAUGGCGUAAUCUACUGCUUCGUGUGCAAAGACAAUGUAUACGAUCUGGAUUUGGAGAAGAUUCGUGUCGAGCAAACCAGCAGAGCUUGGAAAACCUUAGGUAAGAGCUAACCAUAGCUCAGGAGAAAUCUGUUUUUAUUGCGUGCUAGAUUCUGUGGAUUUUAUAUCCCAGCUUGGGGAAGGGAUCGAAGAUGUGUUUAGUGGUGAACGCUCAUCGGAGUCCACGGGAAGAGAGAUUCAUCAAUGUACUUUAACAUGCAGAACUCUACAUCUUUACAAAUUUCCAUAUUUUGUUAAUUUUGCAUGCCGUUACUUGGUCAAGACCUGUCAUGUUAGGAAGUGCUGUGGCAAUAACAGUGGCUGCUCAAAAUUGAACUAUCUUGCUCGCGAUCGCGAAAAAACACGAAUUCGCAUGCAACUAUUGUCAAGACGUCGUACUUCAGCUCCAUGUCGCUUUGUUUACUUGUACAACUUUGACAGAACCAUCCAAAUUUUAUACUGUUUCUAUUGAUUUUGUAAUUACAACCAAAAGCUGUGAAUUUUAAAGCGGUUUUAAAAACAGAAUUGCAAAAAUAUACAAACUAAGGAAGUUUUUCCCGACUUCUCAUCCAAUAACACGAGGCUAACAUUUAGACUGUAUAGAGGACAUGAAGUUCUUUCAACUCACUAGAUUAGGAUAGAAGGAAAAUACGAGUAAGCUAAUUAUAGAUUUUAUCAAAGCUAAGAUGUCAUAUGAUCGUUACACAUCAGGAUCUGCCUUAUCAUGGAAUAAAAAAUUCUGAACUAAAAUUAUACUUAGAACUCAUUGUCGAUGUUGAGGUGACCUUGACCUUGUGAAGUUUCUGAGGGGAAGAGGCUUUCUGUUGAUUGCAAUUUGGUUGUUCAUAAAGGAUGAUAGUUCACUUCAAUUUGGGUACCCAUCUUUUAGGUGUUGUGAUAUAUUCAUCACAAAGCAUCUCUCACACAAUAUCUACUGUUUCCUUUUCACUGACAAAUGAUAAGCUGUUCCAAUAUUGCAUGGCGGUCUUGCCGCUUGCUAAAUGAGAAUCCAGUUGUUACACCAGCUGAAUUCUCUAUUAUUGUUUGACAGGUUUCUCGCGCUUGUCAUGGUUUCUUUAUAUUCAGGUGAUUGAGUUACAGACAAAAAUAAACAAUUCAAGUCCUCACGAUUUUCAUGUGUGUGCCCUUCUUUUGUCCUAAAUUACAACUAUUAAUGUUGAACAAUGGAUUAAGUUUACCAUUAUCCCCUUCUCCUUUUUGCUAGUUUAUUUCUCUCAUUACUUCCUCACAUUUUCUCAAAAGUCAUUCCAAGCUUCCCUUGAUCUUUCUAUUUAAACACUUCAUCAAAGUACACAGCACUGGCUGACUUUCAAAUACACUUCACAUGCAAGCUUUCUUUUUUAUUUUGGUUUUACAUAGUGAAGGUGACAUUUCAUGUGAAUUACACAAUAUAAAUGCAAAUUCAAAGUAUGAACAUUCAUUUGGGUAAAUAAAAUCUUGACCUCAGUGCAAAAAUCGGUACAGUUGAAUUCCUUAAAUUGGCCAAAGCCUGGUGUGUUAAUUACAUGUAUAAAAUCUUAUUUCUAGCAUUGCUCAAUACUAAAAACAUUGAUUCCUUGUUAUGUAAUGGUGCCAUGCAGUUCACACUAGACUGUCACAGUGUCUAUCUCUACACAUGAGAAAAAAACCAAAUUGAAAAAUUAUAUCAGAAAACUUGAAAACUGUAGGAGGUUACUUGAAAUGAGUUGGCUUUCCAGUGAGGGCUUGUUUGGAACAUGUGAUAUGCUCUGUAUGAUCGGGCUACAUGGCUUGAAAGACCUAAUAUCAUGAAAUAAUACAUUUUACAGUUACAUGCUUGGUUGUCAAGCCUUUGAACAUAAUAAGUGAGGUCAAGGGUGACCUUGUUAUGAUACAAACCUUGCUGCUUUUCAAAUGUAAAUUACUUUGUUAUCAUGCUAACUAGAUACUGGUCACCUUCAGCCUCACUCCAAAUCAAAGGCUUGGCGACUAAGUACACAACUGUAAAAUGACCUAUUCUCUUGUUUUGUGUGAACAGCAUUAUGUGUUUUUGACCUGUAUUUCUUUCCUUCUGAUUCUUUUAUUUCAGCUGGACAUGGUCUCAGUAAGUAUGUUCCAUGGGAACCAACUAAAGCUGAACUACAACUGCUCAGAGAAAACAAGAAAAGAAUAAAGCUUGAAACAAACUCAUUCAUAGGUAACUGGUAAACAUCUUUUGGUGUAUCAUAGUGAUACUGCAGAGAUCAAUUUCAAUCAUUUACCAAGUAAAUGUACUGGAAUAUGGGCAUACAUUUUCCUGGAGUGAUCAGUUUACCAUUUCUCCUUACUUAUUGAGUACAUCGCCAAGAAGAUAGUUAUGAGAAUUAAGAAAUCUAAAAUGGUCUUGAUAUGAUACCAAAUUCUCAGAACCAUGUAAUAUAGAAUUGAAUAUUGACCAUUUGGGUGAAUUAACUUUCAGAUGGUAAAAUUUUCUUUUGUUGUAGGUCUUAGAGGACUUAUAAACCUUGGAAAUACUUGCUUCAUGAACUGCAUUGUCCAAGCAUUGACUCAUACUCCAUUGCUAAGAGACUAUUUCUUGUCUGAUCAACACGUCUGUGCAGGAGACAAAGACCAGUGUAUUGUAUGCGAAGUUGGCUCAGUCUUUCAAGAGGUAGUAGAAAAUAAUUUUUCUGUGGUAUUUGUGUUUUUUUAAAAAUCUUGUGAUGAGUAUUAUUUAAUAAUACAGUGCGACAGGCAGGUGUGCUGCUAUUUAAGCAAUUGCAGAAAAGAAAAAUUCAGGCUUUGACAAUAUUUGAACUUGUACCUCACAGCUACCUGUACUAGUUUGGUGCUACUGCCAACUGAGCUACGAGGUCACUCAAUAGAGGCAAGGCAAAUUUUCAAGGGUUAAUCUUUACCUCAGAGUAACCUGAUCACAUUUUAAAAUUUAUUUCGUUAAAGAUUGUGAUAGAUAUAGUAGUAUCAAUAAAAGUGAUAACUAUUCUGUGCAUUAGAAGAGAUACCAGGUUUUUCCUGUUGCACCAGUGCACUACCAAAUCUGCUCAAUUUGACCCAUUCUCCCUUGAGAACACUGUUUAUUGAUACCACAGGUUAAAGAGUGCUGAUUUCCAAGAUAAAUUUUUGUCCCAAGUUUUGCAGUUUUCUGAACUGCUUAGAUUUAUGGGAAGGCUUCAGAAUGCCUCAUGUUGCGUAGAAUUAUUUGGGAGAUCAAAGUGGUUAGCAACUGGCUCGGUUUGGUUUGGUUUGAUUAUGAUGGAAGGCUACAGAGAUUGCACUUGAUUCAGUUCUUUAAUCAAAUUUGUAUUGGUUGAUUUUCAGUUUUAUUCAGGGCAAAAAGUUCCACAUACUCCUUUCAAACUGUUGCAUCUUGUGUGGACUCAUGCACGGCAUUUGGCUGGUUAUGAGCAGCAGGAUGCACAUGAGUUUUUCAUUGCUGCUCUUGACGUCCUUCAUCAGUACUGUAAAGGUGUGUUAAAAUUGAACAUAACACAUUUUAAUAUCAGAAAAUGUCUUGUUCCCACAGUCAAUCCUUAAGGACCUUCUUUUCCUCUUUGUCUCUCUUUUCCCCUCUAUCUAUUAACUAUUCAGAGUGAUAUAUCAAUAGAGAUCUUUGCUAUAUCACCAAGAUUUUCCAGUUGGCAGUGCUUAGGGGUUUCCAUCGGGGAGUUGGAGCCUUAGACAAAAUAAAAGAAACACCACAAUCACCCCAACCCUAUCAGGUGAAAAAGGUGUGGUCUUCUUGGUAGUGAAGAGUAGGGAGUUAAUUUUUCCAUUUUAUUUUGCCCAAGAUUGUGGCUUCCUGUAUCACAGAAGAUGUUCCAGGCACCCAUUAAAAAAAGCUAGACAAAACAAUUUUCUGAUUUUAUGCCAAUUCCAAAGAAGAGAAGGCCUGUUAAAAGAAAAGACAGAAUUUGUUAGAUUCAAUUUUGUCCAAGCCUUGUGGCUUCCUUAGUCUUAACCCUUUAACUCCCGGAUCAAAUUAGUAAUUCUCCUAAAUGUCAACUACACAAUUCUUAUAAUGUUAGUUCAGAGAAGUUGGUAGUGGAUCAACUUAUUAUCCCCAAAUUGAUAUUUUUCCUUAUUGUUAUCAUUUAUCUGGUUGACAUUGUAUUGAUAUUGUAAGGAGAAAUUCUGUUUCGGUCACUCAUGGGAGUUAAAAAGUUACAACAGGAGAAGUCGAAGAGCCAAUUUUCAAGAAAAUGGAAACUACAAGACCUACUCUGUCAGUUGACAAAAAGGACUGCUUUUCAUCAUACCCCCAAUAGAUAUCAUCUUUAUUGUGGAUAGAGUGAAGAACAAUUUUUAAUCAUGCAAAUUGUUUGUUUUAGAUGAUGCACCAGACAAGGACAUCUUGGUCCCUAAUAAUCCCAACAGAUGUAACUGUAUCAUUGAUAGAAUAUUUACUGGUGGCCUGCAGUCAGAUGUGACAUGUCAAGCUUGCAAGUAAGUCAUUACCAAAUCCAGAGAUCAAGAAAUUGAAGAGCUCUCUUUCUUUCUAUUGCAUAUGAUUUUUUUUUACUUUCCAGGUGAUAGAAUUGUAAAAUUGUUAUGAAUUCAUUUAGACUUUAUUAAGUUUUUUUCUCCCAUAGGUGUGUUUCAACCACCAUUGAUCCUUUCUGGGAUAUUUCUCUAGACCUUGGAAAUGUUGAUCAUAGUAAUGGUAGAAGCAGUUCUGGUGCAUCAGCUGCAUCAACUCCAGACCCCACCCCUCCAGGUACAUUACAAUAACAUCAGAUAAAUAGUAGUGUAAGAGUGACAUAUCUGUACUUUUGAAAUUCAAACUUUAUAGAUUUCUUUUAAUCACUUGCUUAAACAAUUAAGAAUUUUAUAGUUUAAUUUUUGUCCUUUUCCUCUGGUUCAACCAUUUGAAAUAUAGAUUUGUCAGUCAAGCACAAAACUGUUCAUACAUAAGGGGGAGUGCAUAGACUAAGAGUAAAUUUUAAAUUCAGGCAAGGAUGGAGCUAAGCGGAGGUGUUCUUUAGUGCCAGCAACCCCUUCCUUGUCAGGAAAAUUUGACAACUGCUAAAAACAAAAAAAAACCUUGUAUGCCUCUAACUCCCAUGAGUGACCAAGACAGAAUCUCUCUUUACAAUAUCAAGCAGACAAGUGAUGAGAACAAAGAAAAAUAUCAGCAUGGGGAUAAUUAGUUGAUCCAUUAGUUGAAGUUCUCCAGACUAACAUCAUGAUAGUAGUAUGAUGCAUGGUAUUUAGAUUACAAAAUGUUCAAACUGGCUCGAUUUGGUCAAUUUACUAUUGUUUUGCAGAUGAAAAUGGUCAACCAGCCCCAGAGAACAAUCAUCAUGAUGAAAGUUUUGUUCCCAAAUCACUUAUUGAAUGCUUGAGAAGGUAACUGGAUAUAAGAUAUUCUUUUUUAUGGAUUAAUCUUGCAAAGUCACUUAUCUUACUUUAAGUGCUUAAGGUUUGUCAUUAUUUCUUUGCAAUUGACAAUGUGGUCUUGAUUUAGUGUUAACAUGCCUGUGAUAUAAUGAGUUCUUUCAUUUUAAGAUUUACAAGACCUGAAAGGCUUGGUAGUGAAGCAAAAAUAAAAUGUAGUCAAUGUCAGACAUACCAGGUAAGUGUAUGGAAAGCUACAUGGCAUAGAAAUACCAACAGCGAUUGCUUAAAAUGGCAACCCAACCACCAAUGUGUGUAUGUGUGGUAGGUGGCGAGUCACCUUAAAUUACUGCAACACAGAGGUGACUAUCCCUACCAUAGAGGGUGUAUUAGUCUCUGAUAUUAGUCUUGAAUCUCUUUCCAAUACAGAGGUCACUAUCCAUACAACAGAGGGCAUAUUAGUCUUUGAUAUUAGUCUUGAAUCUUUUUCCAAUACAGAGGACAUUUUUACUCCCAACCAACAGAUACCAGACCUUUUUUUGUGCUGGCCAUGCUUAUAUAGUUUUAUUAUUAUUAUUUUCAUACAGGAAUCUACCAAGCAGUUAACAAUGAAGAAAUUGCCUAUAGUAGUUUGUUUUCAUUUUAAGGUAACAUCAGCCACUGAUUAUUAUUGUCAUAGCAACUAUUGAGACUUAAACUUCAGAGUAGAAUUCAUCCAUGAUGUUAUGCUUCAAGUCCAUCUCAAAGACCCCGCAUGAGAGAAUUGGCUACCCAAUAAUAAUUACACCAGCUCACAGGGCCAUUGUUUUGUGCAUUUAUGCCAGACUCUAUCCUGACAGUGCAUCUUUCAACCUAUGAACUGUGACUAAUACUGGUGAACUAAUAAGAAAUUCUACUGAAACUGAAUGCAAAAAUCCUGGUGGAUUGCCUUUGAUGGACAAGCAAUCCAUAAAAGAAGAGCAGUGAUGAUGUUUAGGUAGUCACCUGAUGCAUCGGAAACCAGGCUUUGCUUUUAAAUUAGCUGCUGUUAGGCAUUAUAAGCUUACAUAUACAAUACUAGUAUACUGUUCUUCUAAGUAGCCCUGGUGAAGCCUAAUGCUGAUCAGCUUUUUCCCUUCUUAAAGUCGUCAAACCUCUCAUCCUUCUUAAAGUCGUCAAACCUCUCAUAAAUCAAUUUUAUUUACUGUCUUAUUUGUCAUAUGUUGUUUGUUUGCUUGCAGCGUUUUGAACAUUCAAAGAAAUCCAAGAAAAUUUCAACGUACAUCCCUUUCCCGCAACAACUAGACAUGGCUCCAUUUAUGGCAUCAAGGUGGGUGACCCUGCAACAAUAAAUACUGAUGUGAUUAAAAUAUUUCAAAUACCAACUGAUACAGACAGACAGAUGGACAUACUGACAGACAGGUAAACUGACAGACCGACUGAUCCAAUUACUGACUGACUGACUAUCUGACUUGAUGACCGAUUGUUUCGUUACUUGUUUGAUUGACUGACUGGCUGACUAAUUGAUUUAUUUUUUUUGAAGAUUGAAUGGUAAUGUUGAUCACAGUCAGCCCACCUUCCCAUGUGAUGCGAAGUAAGUUCUCGUUCACAUUUUUGGAGUCAUGUGGAUGUAUCUGACGCGACUAACCAAGUUCAUAUAGAUGACAUUUCUAAAAGAUCCAAAAAAAACUUAGCCUCAACUACAUGUAAAUAUUAAAGAGAUAACGAACAAUUAUAUACAUCAGUGUGAUAUGCUUUAUAUUGUUACUGUUGUAUUCCUUGGAUAAGGUCUUUGUAAGUUUCCCCCUGGUAAUGCUGUGGUAUUUCUACUUGUCGGUUUUCCUCAGGUAUACUUUAUUUGCUGUCGUGAACCACAGUGGUACAUUAGAAGUUGGUCACUAUACGUGUUUCAUUCGUCAACAGCAGCAGGUCUGUAGCUUAAUUGCCUCUAGGUGUUUUACAAUAAUUUUCAAUCGUAACUUAGUAAUCCGAGAUUGCAUUGGUUUGCUUUUGCUUCGCUCUGUGAUUGGUUCAGAAAACUCGCUCCACUCUCAACCAAUCGGAUGGUGAAAUGAAACCAAUCACGACUUGGUCGCCCGCGUUUCCCGCGCUUUGGGCAGUUUGCUUGUUCUUACUCUGAGUUCUCAUUGGCCCUAAACGAAUUUUCCUUUUUUCUAAUUGGCUGUUGAGAUUAUCUUGGUUUUGGAUUUACGACCGUCAAUCGAAAAUUGCUCUAAAUGCGUUUCAUGAAUGCUGGGUUAGAAAGAAGCAUAGUCCCCACCGUGUAUAUACGACUGUAAACGUUUGAAUCCUCUCAAAAUCUUUUUUUUAUUUGUACAUGUAAAAGGUUAAAUUCAUCUAGACUCUCACCUCCUUGUUAUUCAGAUCAUGUCGGGUAGAUCGAUUUUUUUUUUUUACAAAAGAUCUUUUUGAAAAAAGUGUUCGUUAUUUGAUGGGGCAUAACAAAGGUCAUGGUUUUCAAAGAAUCCAUGAGUAGUCUCAGCAGUUUUUCAUCCGAAGGACUAAAAUCUCAAAAAGUCACCUUCGGCCUUAAGGAGACUCAAACCACUUGGCCCAGUUGUAUAAAGGUUGGAUAACGCUAUCCGGCGAAUAAGUGAUAGCAAAACGUAUAGCGUUGUCCACCAGAUAGCGAUUUAUCCAAUGGAUAGCGUUAUCCAACCUUUGAACAACCAGGGCCUGGUCGUUCCUUUAUUUUCUGUUAAUUUUUUGCGCAUAAUAAGGAAGAGGCAGAAGUGGAAUAUCGUUUGGUACUUACUCUUUAACCGACCGGCUUCCAAAGUUUUUGUGCCCAAUUCUGCUGCAACUUAAACUUAAAACCUUUUCAAUUUCAGUCUGUGUAAUCCACUUUCUUGGUUUGACAAUUAUCUUUUUUUGCUAACAUUUUUUUUCUUAGUGGUUUAAAUGCGACGAUGCAUGGAUCACGAAAGCUACGUUGGAUGACGUACUUCAGAGCGAAGGGUAAGAUAUGAGGCUCUUCGCUCUCUCUAGAGCAUGCGAAGUUUUCAGUUUAGUUGCGAAAGUGAUCUGGAUUGCUUUAGUUUUACUUCGCUCUGUAAUUGGUCUACCAAACUCGCGCCACUAUCUCAGCCAACCGAAUGCAAGACUUAAGCCAACCCCAACUUGUUCACUCGUGUUUUCCCGCGCUUCAAGCAGGUUGCCCGUGUCUACUUUGAGUUCUCUUAAGAUGACAUCAACUUUUUUUUCUGAUGGGUAGUUGUAAUUACUUUGGUUUUGGUUUUCGGAACGGUUAAUGGUGCAACAUUCAGACACCGCGACGCAUAUCAAAUGGAAAUUUUCGAUUUGGUGUCAACAUUUUUCGUUACUUUUAAAAUAAUGAUAAAAUGUUAUACACGUUUAACCAUUUUGUUGUUUUUUUAUUUCAGAUAUCUACUUUUCUACCACAAGAAAGUCCUUGAAUACGAAUGACUGCGUAGAAGUCUAAAAAAAGUCAGAUCAAAGAGUCAGAUCAAAGAGUCAGAUCAAAUAAGAUUAUCACCAUGUUCUUUGAUAAAUUACCCAAAAAAUUGUACAUUUUGAUCAAUACUGUUUUCAUGUCAAUGCUUCAAGUGAAACAAGCCUCCCUGCCGUUUUGGUCGAAGAACCCAUGAAGGCUCCACACAAACUACUUUCUUGGCAAAAGUGGUUGUGCAAAUCUACUCUUUUUUGCUCAGCUGUCAAAAGUCUCUUAAAACGUUCGGUCUCUAAUCUUCAAGGGACAAUAAAACUUGGAUCUUGUUAUCGAAAGGACUUUUAAAUUUGACCAAUAAUUUUCGUCAUCGGAAGGAGACAUUGUGC